GUAUUUGAGUCGAGUUCUGUCUGUGACGCUCAAGUCAUUACUUUUAAGCUGAUGAGGCGCUCCUUCUGCAAUAAGCCUAGCAGCUAUCUCUGGCAGAGCGGCAGCACCAUCGCAUACAGCCUCAGCCUCAAAACAUUUAUGAGGACAAGAUGGAUGUCCUAACGAUGAGAAACAUCUUCCCGAUUUGUUUAUUUAUAAACGCGGUUACGAAUGUUAUUUGAAAUAGUUCAAAAACGGAGAAACAGUCGUCCACCGCGUUGAACUCAGAAGCAGGAUGCCCGGGCUGAUCGGCGUCAAUGAGUUCGUUGACGAGACGAGGGAGGAUUACAACUCCCCGACCACUUCGACUUUCGUCUCUCGUAUGCCACAAUGCAGGCAGACGAUAUCAAAUUUGGAAGAGACUUUGGAUUUCGACCGAGACGGGCUGUCGAAAAUGAGGAAGGCCAUUAAAUCCAUACACAAUUCUGGCAAUUCUCAUGUCGACAACGAAAUGUAUUUUGCGAGGAUUCUCGAAAGGCUUGGAGGCAAUGCCCUGUCGAAAGACCAGGAGCCGGACAUUGCAGCCGCUUUUCUCAAGUUUGCCGUUGUCACCAAGGAGCUUUCUGCCCUCAUGAAGACACUGAUGCAAAACGUGAACAACAUUGUUAUGUUUCCUUUGGAGAGUCUCUUGAAGGGUGACCUGAGGGGCGUUAAAGGAGACUUGAAAAGGCCUUUCGACAGGGCCUGGAAGGAGUAUGAAGCCAAGUAUGCAAAAAUAGAAAAAGAAAAGAAACAACAAGCUAAAGAGGCCGGGCUCAUUAGGACUGAAGUGACGUCGGCAGAAAUAGCAGAUGAUAUGGAGAAAGAAAGAAGGCUCUUUCAGCUUCAGAUGUGCGAGUACUUAAUUAAAGUGAAUGAAAUAAAGACUAAAAAGGGUAUAGAACUUCUACAACAUCUUGUCGAAUACUACCACGCACAAACCAAUUACUUUCAAGAUGGGUUGAAGACGAUUGAGCAUUUUGGAAGUUAUGUCGCUGAUCUUUCUGUAAAAUUGCAAAAAGUACGCCAAAAGCAAGACGAGGAAAGGAGGCGCCUGUCGGAAUUGAGGACCCUUCUUAGAAGUUCUCCCGGUCUUGAAAAAGAAAUGGGCCAGACCCCUGAAAAAGGUGGAGGCUAUUCCCUCCAUCAACUUCAGGGCGAUAAAGGAGCCGGUUUGACUCGGACCGGCCAUCUUCUCAAGAAAUCGGAGGGGAAAAUGAGAAGAGUCUGGCAAAAACGGCGAUGCUGCGUCCAAGCCGACGGCUACCUCGAUAUAUGCCAUGGCGAUGAGACAAAGCCUCCGACUAGAGUUAACCUUUUAACCUGCCAAAUAAAACUCGUACCUGAUGACAAGAGAUGUUUUGAUCUCAUCUCAUAUAACCGUACUUACCAUUUUCAAGCAGAAGAUGAAAAUGAUCAGAGGGCUUGGAUGUCCGUUCUUGUCAACUGCAAGGAAGGGGCACUGCUCAGGACAUUUGACGGGGGAAGCAAAUCAAGUGGUGGUGUUGGGACCAACCCUAAUCUUUUAGAACUACAACAAGCCAUCAUUAAACACGUUCAGAGGCUCCCCAGCAAUGACAGAUGUUGUGAUUGCAAUUCUCAAAAUGAUACUACAUGGUUGUGCAUUAACUUUGGGGUAGUUGUCUGCAUCGAAUGUUCAGGAAUCCACAGAGAUUUGGGUGUCCAUAUUUCGAGAAUCCAGUCAUUAACUUUAGACCACAUUGGUUCAUCUCAGUUACUAUUAGCUCGAAAUAUGACAAAUCAAGGGUUCAAUGACGUUAUGGAAGCAACAUUACAUGCACAUAACAAGCCGACACCUUCAAGUUCAAUGGAAGAACGAUAUGAGUUUAUUCGUGCCAAAUAUGUUGAUAAAAAAUAUGCUUUGCAUUCAUAUGCCGAUGAACACGAAUUACUCAGUGAUCUUGAGCAUGCGGUGAACAAUAAAAAUUUGUACAAUUUACUCCAGGUGUUCGCCGAAGGUGUCGACCUGUCUGCCCCCUUACCAACUUCAGAUUGUGGUGAAACUGCUCUACAUCUUGCAGUAACACGUGAAAUGGGCACAUCGUUGCAUUUAGUAGAUUUCCUCAUACAGAACAUGCCUGCUGGAGCAAUUGACAAGCAAACCACAAUUCAAGGGGACAAAGGUGGUGACAGCGCGUUACAUUUGUGCGCCCUUCACGAUAAGACUGAAUGCAUGAAACUCUUGCUGAGAUCUGGUGCUGAUCCGAUUCUGCAUAAUGUUCAGGACAAGACUCCUCUCGACAUCGCACAAGAAAGGGGAAACCGUGCAUGUGAAGAACUUAUCCGUCACGCACUACAGAGGCAAAAGACUUUAUUCGAAAAUAUAAAUAUUGAUUGGAAUCUUUCAAACGAUGAUGGUUCUACUGAUUUUUCUGAUGAUGACACCAUUAUAGAAGACAGAAAUGGCUGCGUGACACCGGAGAGGAAAAGUGCAUCCUCAAGACCUCCGAGUUAUGCCGAAUCACCAGUUAAUAUGAGAUCGAGAUCUUCGACUUGCGACAGCCUCAAGUCCGGGAGUUUCAGGCAGCAGCAACAACAACAACAACAGCAAAUGGGGCCUCCACCCAUUCCACACAACAAAAAGCCACAGCCUACACAUCAACAAAUUUCAUUGCUAACAGACAUGGGAACUUUGGGCAGCGUGAAAAAAAGAGCGGCUCCAUUGCCUCCGCCCACCUCAUCUGCGUCUACGUCACAGCAGUACAGUUAUUCAACUCUUCCUUCUAGUCAUAGCCGGAGCCCCUCGGAUCCGAAUCCUUCUUACCAUACAUUGAACCAUCAUAAAAGGUCUCCGUCAACUGAUUCCUCAAGGGCAGUUCAUCUCGCUGGUGCUAAAUUAGUCAUACCACCAGGUGAAAUUCCUACUUUGAAGUCAACAGGAAUUGAUAAAACAGGGAAUAUACAAAGACCAAGAGGCCCUCCACCUCCAGCGCCUUCACCUAGGCUUUCAAAUGGCCAAUCAACUGAAAGCAUAACGUCAAUAACAUCAGAUGCUGAUCAAACCAACCCAGUUCCACCACCAAGAAAGAAGAAGACUGAAGGCUCAUUGCUAGAGAGCUAUCCAGAAGAGAGUGAGCCUUAUUUCUACUGUCCACUCGAGGAGAAACCAGUUUGCACGACAAGGCCACGAUGCAGGGCACUUUAUGAUUGUUCUGCCGACAACGAAGAUGAAUUGUCCUUCAGGGAAGGGGAUAUAAUCAUUGUUACAAAAACGUCCACGGACGAUGAAAAUUGGGUUGAAGGCGCCUUAGAAAGAGACCCUAGUAUCAAAGGAGUGUUUCCGAUAAGCUUUGUCCAUAUGCUUCAAGAGAACUAACAUUAUAAAGCUUUUAUUAGCUUUCUUUUUUUUUCAUUAAUUUUUAAAGAUUUUUGUUUGUUUUUAUUUAAAAAAAAGUAAAUCCGCACACCAUCGGGCUUGUAAAUAUGAAAAACGAACAGAUUUUUAAGUUAUACUUUUAUUUAGUUAUUUUUGUCUAAAUGAUCACAAAAUAGUUACUAUUGUAACUUAUUAGCUAAAUGAUUCGUUUUUUCUAAAUUUAGAAAUUAAAGAAUAUUUCAAAAUUCUUACAAAAGAAAUAUUUUAUAAUAAAAUGCACUUUAGAAAGGUUUUCAACUAACCUUUAAAUAUUCAGGAUUUAAACAAUUUUUAGCAUUAAAAAAAGAAUUGAUUUCAAAAACAUAUUGGAAAAUCUAAUAAGCAAUGUUUUAUUGAUUUUAAUAAUUAAUGUGAGGGGAGGAUAUUGCAAUUUUAAAAUUAUUUUUAACUUUUUUUUAAUUUUAUUACCUUUUUAGUCUUAACUGUGAAAUUGAAUUUCAUUUGCUUUAAGCCAAAUCAUAUCUCAAGCUCUCUCAUUAUUUUCUCUUUCGCUUUAACUUAAGUAUAAAAGUUGCAUAGUUAUUUAACGCUCUUAGCAAUAUUUUUGUUUAAUUUUAUUUUUAUUUUACCUCAGCCCAAAAUCAAAGUUUUAUGCCAAAGAGAGUUUUAAAAGAAAGUACAGUAUUUCAGCUUUUAAUUAAACGCUCGAUGGUGCUUGGGUGAUUUGUGGUGUUGUGUUACUUUGUGUGUUUUUUUGACAUAUUUCUGUUUGUGUACCCAAUGUAAUCGCUAUUCACUAAAGGGAUGCCAUAUUUUACAUUCCAUGUGCUCUAGUUCAGUCAUAUAAAAGAAAAUUGUAGUAUUUUAGACUUAUCCACAGUAUGAACAUUAUUAUUAUUUUUGUUAAUAACAAUUAAUAACCCAGGUUUUAAACGACAAAAAAAAGUGUAGUUGGUGCCCUAACAAAAAAAUUUUUUGUUUUAAAUAGAUACAUGAUAGCAUGUUAAGGUUUGUCAUUGACAUUGUUUUUAUUUAAUUCUUGUCAAUUGGACUUAAUUUUACUACACAUGAAACUUCACGACAAUGUUUAUACAAACAUGCUCUCUUAUUUUGAACGUUCAAGUAUGUAGAAAAUUUGGAAAUUUCCAACCGUUCGAUCCAUCCUAGAAGAGAGUUUUAUGGAACAGUUCUAUAGUUUCUAAAUGGCUGUUAAAUGUAUUAUUAAGAAGAAGAAUAAAUAUUGUAAAUAAUGUAAUUUAGGUUCGUUUGUUUGUUUAUUGAACAAAUAUCGACCGCAUUUACCAGUGAUAUAUUACCAAUUUAAUCAGUGAUACCAAAGAAUUUAGGGCUCGGUGGUUAUUGAAAAAUAUUAAUUGUAAAAGUUGAAUAUAUAGCCUGAUUAUUUUUCUUUAUAAUCUAUA